AUGUACUAUCAUAUCGCAUCACUAAGUGAAAGAGUUCCUAAUACAAGGGCGAGAAGAGCAUCUGGCGUGUGCGAUGGAACAAAGCAGAUCGUUUGCGACAGUUGCACCACACUUCGGGUGUGUUUAGGUCCAAGUCAAACAGUGCUUUGCCCAACGGAUCAGCCCUACUGCAUCCAUGGCACAACAUCCGAUAGUUGUUCGAAUGUACCCAUUGCGGACAUAUGCGACGAAGACAUGCAAAAUUCGGCCGUGAUUUGCUCAGCUGUAGGAAAGUUUCCAGAUGCCAGUAAUUGCCAUAUUUAUCACAUUUGUGCUAACGUCGGAGAUACAUCGUCCGUAUACGCGUGUCCCGUUGGAUACGUCUUCAAUGAAGCAGUCCAGUUGUGCGCCAAAGAAAAUGUAUUCUCGCGCUGCAUUACUCUACAAUGUAGUGCAAACUUCGUAGGCAAUGUGCGAUACGGCCUUUCGAAGCGUUACUUCGGUUUCUGUGCUGGUUCUGGACAAAAACCCAUCGUGUUUCAGUGCCCGAUAGGAGCCACCUUCAAUUUCAUUACUGGAUCUACGUUUGGCGAGUGCGUCUACAGAUGCCCCCGUCCGGGAAAUUUUCCGAACAGCAACGAUCCAGCAACUUAUUUCCAGUGUUUCUGGUUUAAUCGACGAUUACUAUUUAACUUGGUGCGUUGUGUUGGUGGAAAGAAUUAUAAUCCAACACUAGGAUAUUGUGGCUAAAUGGCUAGGCGAAUGGCUUGCAGUGGUAUCCUUUGAGUUUA